UUUUUUUUUUUUAACCGGCGAGUUGAUUUUUCGUUUGUUUGUUUUCCAUCUAUUUGGAAAUACAGGGGCACGGGGCGGGCACCAGCGCGGCGCCUCUCCACAAAUCCCCGCGGGAGAGAGGCGCUCCGAGGGCGCCGCCGGCUCCCGACGCUCCGCAUCCGGGAGCGGGCGGGCAAACCCGGCUUGCGGAGGUACCUUGGGGUGUGGUGGGGCCGGGAUUCCCGGACUGAGGCCGGGAUUAGGUUACAGCGUUAAGAAAGGCGCACGCUUACCCACCCUAUGAACAAACAGGAUGCUCACCAGAACCCCGAGUGUUGUUGCCCAAGUGUUCCUUCUUCUAAGCAUAGUCCUUGUUAUUGCCAUUGCAGUGAUUCAGAUAAAUCAGCAACAGGUCCUCUCCCCAGGGCUUAAGUAUGGAAUAGUCCUUGAUGCUGGAUCCUCUCGGACUACAGUCUAUGUCUAUGAGUGGCCGGCAGAAAAAGAAAACAACACAGGAGUAGUGAGCCAAACCUUCAAGUGCAAUGUGAAAGGCCCUGGCAUAUCCAGCUAUGGGAGUAGCCCUGGAGCUCUUGCCAAGCCUCUUGAUGACUGUCUGAAUAAAGUGAAGGAGAGAAUACCAGUUCAUCUGCAUAAAAACACUUCUGUUUAUCUGGGGGCUACAGCUGGCAUGAGACUGCUGAGGUUGCAAAAUGAGUCGGCAGCCAAUGAAGUCCUUGCAAGCAUUCAAAGCUACUUCAGAGCACAACCUUUUGAAUUUAGGGGUGCGCAGAUCAUAACUGGGCCAGAGGAAGGGGUGUAUGGAUGGAUAACAGCCAACUAUUUAAUGGGCAAUUUCUUAGAGAGAAACCUUUGGAGGACAUGGGUCCAUCCUUACAGAAAAGAGACCAUGGGUGCACUGGACCUUGGAGGAGCUUCCACUCAAAUUUCAUUUAUCCCCGAGGACCCCGAGGAGCACCUCAACAGCACCUUGCAAGUGAAGUUGUAUGGGUACAACUACAAUGUCUACACUCACAGCUACCAGUGCUAUGGGAGAGAUGAAGCUGAGAAAAGGUUUUUAGCAUUGCUGCACCAGAAAUCAAAGACCAGUGCCAAUGUGGAUAAUCCCUGCUACCCUCAAAACUAUAACACAGCAUUAACCAUGAAGGACUUCUUUGGCAGCCUUUGUACACAGUCUCUGAGACCAGCAAAUUACUACCCAAACCAGCUUGUGAAUUUCCAUGGAACUGGAGACCCAGGUCUGUGCCAGGAGAUGGUUUCUUUAUUGUUUAACCUCAGUGCUUGCAGAGACAGAGAGGACUGUCCAUUUAAUGGAAUACAUCAGCCAAAAGUUAAAGGGAAUUUUGUGGCUUUCUCUGGAUUCUACUAUACAAUUAAUGCUUUGAAUUUAUCUGGGCAAUUUUCCCUAGAUGACUUCAAUUCAAGCAUGUGGUUUUUCUGUUCACAGAGCUGGGCACAGCUCCAAUUUAUGCUGCCUAAAUUUGAAGAAAUAUAUGCUAGAUCCUACUGUUUCUCAGCCAAUUUCAUUUAUUACUUGCUUGUACAUGGUUACAACUUCAAUGCAGAAACUUGGCCACAGAUACAUUUUCAAAAGGAGGUUGGUAACAGCAGCAUAGCGUGGUCACUCGGUUACAUGUUAAGCCUCACCAACAUGAUUCCAGCAGAAGCGAAGCUGAUCCAGCUACCUCUGAAACCUUCUCUGUUUGCUGGGCUCCUCGUCUUCCUCACAGCCACAGCACUGCUGUGCCUCCUCUUCCUCGUCUACCUGUGCGUUGUGUCGCAUCAGCGGAAGGACGUCCCUCGCGUGGAACACGUAUUUAUUCCAGAGUGAAUGAACCUGGAGACAAACCAAAAACGUUAUAGUGCUACUAAACAGAACUUUAUUUUGCUCCCCAUUUUUCAAAAAUAAAGACAGAAAAAAUAACUUCUGGACCAGAAGCAUAAAUAGAGAAGGGGCACAAAGGAAUCUGUGAUGUGGUGAAUUGGAGUGCUUUUGAAAUAUUUUGGUAAUUGUUUCUGUAAACUUAAUUUGUCCAGUGUGCAGCAGAGAAAACGUGGGCAUAUAUGUCACUUUGCUUUAUAAGGGAUUAUUUGCAUUUUCCCGACAGGUAUGUAUUAUUUUUUUUGUUCAUUAACUCUGUGCUAACUGGUGAGUUCAAGCAG